AUGGCACCGAUAACCGUAGGUGGUGUGGCGCCGGUGGACCGGAUCAGCGCGCCGUCGUCGAAGCAGUCGAUUGAAGAGGUGUGCUUCUCGGCAGCGCUGAUCUGCCUGGACGGGCACUUUAGCGACCAGCCGUCGAUCCCGGGGCGGCUGACGCAGGCCAGGGUGGCCGGCAUGGUCGCCCGCACGCUGGAAAAGACGCACGCACGCAAGGACGUGCGCGAGUCGCUGGCUCGCAACGUGGAGAUCUGGGUGUAUCUGACACGCAUCUUCAACAACGCGCUCGACAGCCUGACAGCCCGGUCGAUCGGUGCUUUCGGCCACGUGGACAAGCCGGCAGGCGGCCCCGAUGGCAGCGGUGGCAGUCUUGUCAAUGGCAGCGUCAACGGCAGCGUCAACGGUUUCGCAGCCAACGGACACGGUCACACAGCAGCCCACCACAUGCACGCACAGGGCGGGCCCGGGUCGGUGGCCCACGACAGCACGGAGCUGAUCGUCAAGAACCACGCCGGCCUCAAGGAAGACCUGCAGAUCCUUAACAAGCUGAUGCACAUUGCGCGGAACCUGCUCGUGUGUGCGCGACCGGAGGUGCCCCAGGACAUCUGCGCGGCCGUCAGCUUCGACGCGGUCGUCUUCCAGGUAGUCGUGCUGUGCGUCAACCUGGCCAGCAAGGGCUACAACAGCGAGCUGCUGGACGACCUGAGCCGUGGAAAGUUGAACGAGGUCCACGAUCUGUACAAAAAACUGCUGGUCACUUCGCUGCAGCAGGUGCAUAACUGGACGGCCAAGAACGACCGGAAUAAGAUGACGUUCUGGAACUACGUGCUCUUCGAGGACGAGACACUACAGGACGACCUAGACAGCCUGGGAGGCGACGGCAGCGGGUUUCGGAUCGACGUGGCCAAGACGGAGGUGAGGAACUGGCUGGUGCGCAACGGGACGGUGUGCGACGAGGCCAAGCGGGGGCUGGUGGAGUACGCGGACUCGCACCAGAGCAAGGCGCCGGGAAUCCCGCUGCUGGCCACGCCGCUGGCGCGGAUCUGGAUUCCGGCCGAGCUGCUAGGGCCGCUUGAGGGGCCAGAGGCGGGCAAGUACGCACAGGACGAAGCGCUGGGACGGGUGUCACACGAGGUGGACAUGUGGUGGGAGCGGGUGUGCGAUCCUAACCACGAGGCGUGGAAGGCUCCCAUGUCGGAUAAGGAGUACGGACGGCGCCGGCAGGUGUACUUUGCCGAGAUCGUGGAGGAGCGGUUUGGGCCACGGUGGCGGGUGCGCGACGAGAACGAGGCGCAGGGGUACACGUUCUCGGUCGGUGACGAGGAAGAGGAGGACGAGGAAGGCGAAGAGGACGAAGAAGACGAGGAUGAGGACGACGACGAGGACGAAGACGGGGAGACUGGCAGCGGCAACAACCCGAGGCAGCAAGUCGGGGCGCACGAGGGAGAGAGAAGACCGUUGGAGGAAGUGGAAGACGACGAGGAAGACGAAGAGGACGACGAGGGACGGGACGAGCGAGACGAUCGGGAGGUGGACGACCAGCGGUACAUUGACGAGGAGGACGAGGAAGAGGACGACCUGGAUGACAACGACUCGUAUGGCGACGACCCGACGCUGGGGCUGUUGACGGAGAUCCCGAACAUCCUGGACCCGAAGCAGAUCGAAGCGCUGCACAUGAUUGUCAAGUCAUGCAUCCUGGACACGAUGGGUAGUGGGCGGACAGCAACGGGCGAGAGCCUACAGCAGGCGCGAUGCAAGAUGCUUCUGGCGUGUGAGAGUGGGCGCAGCCUGCUGCGGGAGAUGCUAGUGUUCAUCGCGGUGUGGGACCAAGAAGAGAGCUCGCUGAUCUGGGACAUCACGGCGCAGAUCCUAGAAGCGCUACACGACGUGGCGCUUCUGCCGUACGCGUGGCAGGAGCUGCGGAUUCCCAAGGAUGUGGUGUCGCCAGCGCAGGCGGUGAUGCUGCGACUGGUGACAUACAUGUUGCGGAAGCGAUAUCUGGCGGCAAGCUCACCAUCGCUGGAGAGCAACGAUCUCAAGCUGGUGCACUACCUGUUCAGCACGGUGCGAUGCCGGAUUGUGCCAGAGUGUUUGGCGUUUAUGACGCUGCAGGGAGAGAUUCGACGAGGAAUCACAGACGCGGCAGACUUCCCGGUAGAGAACUGGGACAUGGAGCGAGCACGCGACGGGCUCAGCCAGGUGCUGGAGUUCCUGGCGACGGUGUCGGAGAUUGACGCUCUGCGCGAGAAGAUGGUGGAGUGGGAAGCGUCAUUUGAGAUCAUCUCACUGCUGAAGGGACUGGAAGACGCAGUGCCCAAGAAGCCGCUGGUCGAGGCACCGACACGGGCUGGAGCUCGGGGAACAGCUGCACCGAGACAGCAGAACCAGGGGCAGAAUCAAAACCAACAGCAACAGCAGCAGCAGCAGCAGCAGCAGCAUCCACCACCACCGCCACCACCACCACCACCACCGCCGCCUCCACCCAUUCCGCAGGACCCGGCUCACAAGUUUCCGUGGGCCGGCAUCAAGACGCAGACGUUGACGAUCCUGGCCAACCUGCUGCAGCCGGCGCCAGGAAGGACGACGCCUGGCAACGCACGGGUGCAGAGCCAGGUGAUGGGCGAGAAGGGCAUGGUUCCGCUUCUGAACGCGUGUGUGUACGAUGACCACAACCGGUUUGCGCGCGAGCGCGUGCAGAUGUGUCUCAAGUUCCUCAUGGAUGGGUGCGAGGAAGCCAACAUGUUUGUGCGCGAGCUGGUCAAGACGGCGCCGCCUCAGACGGCCGGAGGAACCGGAGCAGGAGGAGUCGGAGGAGUCGGAGGAGCCGAAGGAGCAGGGAGUGGAGGGGCGGCCGGUGGAGCAUUGCCGCCGGCCAGUGCAGCCUCGAGUGUGUCUGAUGACAAUAUGAGCACAUUUACGACUUUGCGAGUGGACGGCAUCGAGGGUGAGGUCAAGGUGCAGGUGCGGUCGCCGUCGGGGCCUUCCGAGCCGCCAGCAUCAAUGACGAGUGCAACCGCGACGACUCUCCCGUCCGUGUCGUCUUCUUCGGCUGUGCCUCGAGCAGCCAAGCCGACAGUUCUGGCACCACCAACGCCGACACCCGCGAUGUCUCCAACAAGCACAGCCACAGCCACAAGCACAGCCAUAGCCACAGCCACAGCUACAGCUACAGCUACAACAACGCUGGCCACGGCGCCAAAUCCGCCUCUGGGCACGGCUCGACAGCGGAAGCAGCGCCAGAAACGCCAGCAACGCCAGCAGCGCCAGAAGCUUCAAGAAGCUCUGGAGGCUCAGGAGCAGGUGCAGCCGCAGGAGUCUACAAGUGGUGGUAGUAGUGGUUCUGCUGCUGUUAGUGCCAGCACCAGUGCAACAGGACAAACUCAGGCACCACCUCACACGCCGCCAUCUCAGCCACACGCACAGCCACAGACAGCCGAAGCUCUGGCCGCUCGACGGACGCGCUGCGAGGCUCUGCUGGGCGAGAUCAUUUCGCUGUCAGACCACACGGCCCGCAUGGCCCUGUCGAUUGAGCGCGGCGAGAUGCCACCACUGCCAGAUGAUGCUCUGAUGAACUUUCUCAAGAGCCAGAAAUUCCUCGAACGCUGCCGGGACCGGCUGACCCCCCUCAACGGAAGCGCCGGUCCAGCAAAUGGUCCGGCCGGUGCUGCAGCUGCUUCGACCGGUUCGUCGGCAUCAUCAGCCGCUGCUGCUGCCGCUGCCGCCGAUGCUGCCGCCAGCCUGGACGCCUUCGGCUUCGACCCGGCCGCGAUACUCAACGACCCGCUGGCAAGCCUGUUUGGCGGUCUCGGCCCGCUGCCCAAUAUGGUUGCCGGUGCUGCCGCUCCGCCCGGUGCCAACGGUCCCGGUGGGCCCUCGUCGUCAUCGUCGUCGUCUGUGGCCGCCAUGGCCACCUCGCUCGAGGACCAGUACCGGCUGGUCGAGCAGGCGCUGCUGUAUCUGACGGAAGACCUGGCCAAGAACUCGGAGCUGGCCAGUCUGGUGCGGUAG